AUGCGGCAUGACUGGAGACGUCGCAAUGGAUUCUCUUUCCCGUGGAACGGUAUGCAGAUAACCUCCUGGAUCGUCCUCACCGUGCUAGCUGCUGUAUGUACACUCGUAUCACUACCAUUACCUACUUCCCCACUCAUCUCUUUUUUCCUUUUAUUUUGUUUGUUCUGGAAUGUAUGCUGUAUCAUCUUCACAACACUAACUGACCCCGGCGUGGGUGAGAACGUGGUACCUGUGCCAUUCGACCGGGCGAAACAUAACCAUGUGAUCGAAGAUAACUUUUGUAACAUAUGUCAGAUCACAGUGUAAGUCACCCAUUCUAAGACAAUUUGCUUUUUAUAAACUGGUACAUGAUAGGUCAAUUUUCAAUUUUAGGUCAGUAGGGACAAAGCAUUGCAAACACUGCAAUAAAUGUAUUCCCAAGUUCGACCACCACUGCAAGUGGUUGAACAACUGUAUAGGUAAAAAGAAUUACAAGUAAGUCGCCACGAACUGUUUAACCUCAGCUUUCAGAGCCUUCCUAGUUCUAGUCAUAUCAUUAGUUUUGUAUUCGCUGAUAUCAAUCGCCGUGUUCAUCUGGGCUCUAGGUAUUUUCAUUGCCAAUACGGGAAAGACGGAGUCAAGUAAGUCGUCGCUCUUACACUACUUCUUGAUAAACGAAUCCUCUCUCAUAUACAUAUAAUCAUCAAAAAAUAAUAUCUUGACCAUUCCAGAGCCAGACUCAUUCUCAGACGAGUACAUGUUCCUCGAUAUAUGGAACUGGUUCAUAAUGUGUAUCCUCGUAAUUAUCUGCCAAGGCGUUCUGUGUGGAUCGACCGUCCAUCUCCUGAGUUUCCACGUCAUGUUGUGGUGUAACAAGAUGACCACCUUCAGCUACAUCGUGCAACAGCGGCAGAAGAAAAGAGUACGUUUAGGCCAUGACUUUACAAGAGUUUGUGGCCACCUUUAGCCAGUUAUUUCCAAGCCGUUACAGAUUGAUUCAUCGCAGUCGGACGAACAAACCACACAGACCAUGUCGCACAAAAGUAAUAUAUUCAUGUCGACAAGAAUUAGGAAUGGACGGACAAUUGGCGAUUCUAGCCUGCCUUCUCCCGCUAAAGCCAACGGUCAGUCCGAAACGGGCGACGACGAACCCAACGUCUGA